AUGUUCAAAGUUGGAGGACACCAGUAUCACUUGAAGACCAUGUUCAUCUCCCUCCUAUCUGUGCUUCUCUCUGUCUCUACAGCCCUCUCAGCAGCCAUCGGCGAGAAAGGCUCCAGCAAUGAGAAGAUCAUAGCUAUUCCUUUAAAAUCUAAUUGUUCAAGCCCAUUGUUCCUAACCUUGCAUUCUGGAAAGAAUGUGGACAACAAGCCUAAUGUUGCUGGGUUGGCGGCGACAGUAAUGAAUGAAGUCAAGCCCAGUGCUACUCAGGUAAGGCGUUGGAGACUCGAAGAUUGUGACAAUUUCAAUCUAGCACAAAUGAACCAUGUGUUGCAGUUCUAUCCUCUCGUGCAAGUGAUCUGUGAGAAGCAGGGUCUGAUCAUAUACCCUGAGGCGCUCGACGAGACUUCACUAGGACCACACUCUACUUCAAAAUCGUGGAGAGAGACUUUUGGACGAGAAUUUUUCUUCAAGGAGUUUAUGAUCAAAACCAAUGAAAGCGAAACUUCCCACAAGUACCCCUUGGCCCAGUGCACGGAGUUCAGUGAUGAAAUGGGCCUGGCAACAACCGAGGUUCGAAUCACGAUCUCUGGCUCUGCAAAAGGUGGUCCGGAAUAA